AUGGCUAACUCCGAGUCAACUGUUAGUUUGAAACUCCUAGUUGAUUCAAAGCGUCACAAAGUUUUGUUUGCCGAAGCAGGCAAAGACUUUGUGGAUUUUCUUUUCACUCUUCUAUCGUUGCCUGUAGGGACUGUGAUUAGGCUCCUCGCCAAGCAUGGCAUGGUUGGUAGCUUAGGGAAACUCUACGAGAGUGUUGAGACUCUGAGUGACACAUACAUGCAACCCAACCUUGACAAGGACACUCUGCUGAAACCCAAGCCAGCGAUUGGAGGUACCGAUGUCCUUCACUUAUUGGCCGGCGAUGAAGCAACUAGAAAGGUCUACAUGUGUCGCAACUACCACCGCUAUGUAGCUGAUGAUUCUCGAGCCAUUUGUCCCUCGUGCAACUCCGCUAUGUCAACAGAAGUGCCUCAUGUAGCACCGCAGGUUGCUUCUGGAAGUUCCUCCGGCGAGGGUGGUGGUUAUGUGAAAGGUCUUGUCACAUACAUGAUAAUGGAUAACUUGGAAGUGAAGCCCAUGUCUACCAUUUCAGGCAUUACAGUGCUGAACAAGUUCAAUGUUAAGGACGUUGGGGCCCUUGAAGAGAAGGUGGUUCAUCUUGGCAUGCAAGAGGGUAUAAGUCUGCUGAAGGCAUCUCUCCAGUCAAACUAUGUUCUCACCAGUGUUUUUCUGGCAUCCCACCUUGGGCACAAUAAAAUAAGAAAACUUCAGCAAAGCGAGGGUAAUCAAUCGUCAUCACACAACCCCUCGUCAAUGGCAACUUCCAAUUUCAGUGUGAGCAUCCAGCUUUUCAUCGACACAAACCGUAAGAAAGUUUUGUUCGCAGAAGCCGGCAAAGACUUUGUCGACCUUCUAUUCGGCCUCCUCUCUCUGAGCGAUGGCGACGUCAUUAAGUUGCUGUCCGGGCACGGCAUGGUUCGAUGUCUAGAUAAAAUUUACGGCAGCCUCGAAAACUUGAGUCCGAAAUACACUCUCCCUAAUCUCGACAAGAAUAUCUUGCUACUGCACCCUUGUGUGGAGGAAGGGUAUGUGAGGGACUUCACAUACAUGGUCAUGGAUGAUCUGGAAGUAAAGCCUUUGUCUACAGUUUCCAUCCUCGACGUGCUUAACAAGUCCGAUGUAAAGGAUGUUGGUAAGCUUGAUGUGGUGGUGGUUCAUCUUGGCUGGCAAGAGGGUUUGGAAUUGCUGAGAGGGUCGUUGUUAUCGAACUCAAAUCUCACUGGUUUGUUCCUUGGUGAAGAGGUUUGACAGUUUAACUAGUUUUCGAAGCGUCAAUCUGAGAAUCUGAGACUUAUGUGAAUGUGAUGUUUGUUUUUUGUAUUGGUGGCAUCAUGUUUUCCUUUCCAUAUGUGGUUGGAUUUGCAGGUCCUACCGACUCUCCACCUUGUCAAAUUAAUGGGUAAUGAUGUAUUAAGUAAUUUGAGUUUCAGACUUCUUUUUUUUUGUCUGCGAAAAGUUUGAGAUCUUUAUUAGUUGCUUUUUUUACUUUCGAACUAUGUAAAAAAAAUUCUGAGAUUAAGGUCUUGUAAAAGAUUUGUUGAGCCUGUAAAAGAUUU